AUGCUAGAGGUGGAUAACCCUCCACAUAUGCUGGUGGCAGAAUUUUUUUCGAACACGGGUUGGAAUAGUGGUAAGCUCAAGCAAUGGAUCCCGGAUUACUUGGUUGUGCAGAUUUGCCAGCGGCAGCUGUUUCCCGAGCUUGCUAAUGAAAUGGUUUGGAUCCCCUCGACUUCUGGGCAUUUUUCUGUUAAAUCGGCCUGGGAGGGUCUUCGGCAAAGGAAAGGUUCCUCAAUGCUAUUUCGCCUCCUCUGGAAUGAUAUUCUUCCACUCAAGGAGGAGGAGUCACUCAACCACCUGUUUCUCAAGGGGCCAGUUGCUUCAAGAGUGUGGGAGCACUUUGGACGACGGUUUGGCAUAUUGGAUGUGGUGCGUUACUCACUAGCGUCGGUAUGGAUGUCAUGGUUUGAUUCAGUAUCACCAGGCCAGGUGGACCAUAUUCGUACGGUCGUGCCGACUCUGAUAUUAUGGUCUUUAUGGAAGCUAAGAAAUCAUGCUAGGUUCGAAAAUCUAGCCUUCAGUGCUCAACAGGUCAUUGUCAUGGUUAAUGUGUUUGUUGAUCAAUUGGGGGCUGCUAGGAUCCUUAAUGCCACGCACUUUAGAGGGGAUGGAAACAACCCGUGGGCUGCUUGGGUUGGUAGGCAAGCAAGACGGGUUGAAUGUCGGACUGUUUCCUGGCAGAGACCCUCUCCGCACUACUAUAAACUCAACACAGAUGCCAGUGUUUACCAGGGGCGUGCGUUGGGAGGAGGUCUCCUUCGCAAUAUGGAUGGGAACCUGGUUUUCGCCUUUUAUAAGGAAUUUGGGGAGUCAGAUGUUCUAAUGGCUGAAAGUCUGUCACUAAUGCAUGAUCUCCUGUUAUGCUCGGAGAGACAGGCCCAAAACUUGUUGGUGGAGGUUGACUCAGAGACUCUUGUUCGUUUACUCCUAUCAAGGAUGGUAGGCAGGUGGCCUCUCUGCAAUGUUCUCAGAAGAAUACAUGGACUGCUUUUCGAUUCCUCUUCUUCAAUAAGGCACGUGUAUAGGGAGAUUAAUGGUACAACAGACAGCCUAGCAGGUCUACGGCUGCCGCAGGAUACUUUCUUCCCCUCCUACCUGCACCUCCCUCUGUCGGUUAGAACAUCUCUACUUCUAGAUAGCAGGAGUUUCCCACACGUUCGUCUGUGCGCGAGUCUGUAA